AUGGCACCUAUGUGUUAUAGAAAGCUGACUGUUUUAUUUAAAAGGCUAUCAUCUGCAAAUAAUCUAAUUGAUGAUUUAAUGUCAAUACCUAUGUCGUUGAUAUACAAGAGGAACAUUAACGGCCCAAGCACUGUGCCUUGUGGUACACCAGAUUUUACAUUUACAGAUGAUGAUUCAUCGCCGUCUACUAGUACUUUCUGCUGUCUAGUUGUUAACCAAGACUUCAGCCACCCGUGGAUAACAUAUUCAGAUAUGGCCACCAAGGAAAUAGCAGCAUUCUGUGAUAUUUGCUUAACCAGGGACCUAAAUAAGUUGGCGGAGGAAUUCUGUCCACAAUGUGAAGAGGUUCUUUGUGGAGAUUGUCGAAAUCAUCAUAAGAUAUCGAAAUCGUCAAAAUCACACCAGACAAUCUCUAUAGACAAAUAUAACAAAUUACCAUCGUUCAUCAAGCAAAUAAAGCACACCUGUGAGGAGCAUGACUGCUCCCUUGAAUUUUAUUGCAAAUCUCAUGACUCUCCUUGCUGUAAACUUUGCUUGAUAUCAGGUCAUAAGGAAUGCAAGGAGACUAUUUUCAUUGAGGAUUUUCUAGCACCAUCUUCAAUACACCAGUCAGCAGCUUUAGAUAACAUUGAAAAAAUUCUGAAAAAUCUGGAAAGUAACAUUUCUUCUGCUAUUAAAGACAGAAAUCGAAAUUUGACUGAUUUACGCGAACAGAAGCAGGUGAUUGCAGAACAAAUAAAAGAAAAGCGUCAAGAAAUCAAUACAGUUUUAGAUAAUUUAGAAGAAGCAUUAAUGAAACAGGUAUCUGCAAUUGAAAACGAAUACGGUCGAAAAAUAGAAGGAGUCAUUGCAAAAUUAGAGGAUGAAAAAAAGAAAGUAGACGAAAUUAAAGAAGAUGUUGAUUCUGUCAAAAUGUUUGGAUCCAACUUACAAAUCUUCAUUGGAACAAAGGAAUUCCAAGAUAAAGUUUCAAACAACGAAAUUAACAUCCAAAUGUUGAAGGAUAAUGGUAGCUUAAACAAUGUUACAAUGGUUUGUGUUUUCGAUGAAAAGUUAGAGGGGUUCCUAAAAGAAAUAAAGACAUUUGGUGAUACAAAGUUGAAUAACAGCGAGAAGCAUGUUUCCUUUUCUUGGAAAAGCGAUAAAUCAGCACAACUGUUAAAAUCUAUCACGAGAGCAAAAUCAAUUGAAAAUAUGAACGUCAGGCUUGUACGUACGAUUAACAUAAAUCGCGAUGGUCUUACAGGAUGCACAAUGUCAGAAUCUGGAGAUCUAUUAUUUGUAAUAGAAUACAUGAAUCACUUGCUUAAAUAUUGUCCUAACGGCGAAUUCCAUUCCGAAAUACGUAUCAAUCCUCUGAUGAAAAGGAUCGGAUAUGACCUUGCAAUGGUCGAUUCAAAUACGGUAGCUGUAUCAAGUAGUGGAAAUAAACCAUACACGAUUUAUCUUAUUGAUACUAAUCGAGAAGAAAUCCGUCAAGUAUUCGAUAUAAAUGACUUCUCUUACGGUUUAAGCUAUCACAAUGAAUCAUUUGUUUGUUGCACAUCUAGCAAUGGUAUUAUCAUAUUUGACAGAUCGUAUCAAAAUCCACCGAACGUCCGGAUACUGCCAAAUGUACCCAUAAAGUUAACAAAACACUACGUUACUUCAAAUGAAAAUAGUGUUUUACAUUCCAACUGUAAAGAUAAUUCCGUCGUAAGCUACGACUUCAGUGGGCAGGUACAAUGGAUAUAUUCCGAUUCAAUGCUAAGAAAACCAUAUGGCAUCACUAUGGAUUCUUAUUCAAAUAUUUAUGUUGCUGGGUCUGAAUCAAACAAUAUUGUUGUGAUAUCGAAAGAUGGAAAACAGGCGAAAGAACUAAUUGGAGCUAGUGACGGAAUUUCAAAUCCUCGCGCCAUUUAUUUUCAUAAAACCAAAAACAUACUUCUAGUAACAAACUAUAAGGGAACUGCAUCCCUAUUUGACGUUAUAUGACACAUAUUGAUACAACAUGUUCAAUAUACAA